UCUCCAGAAAGCAAUUUUUAACUGUAAGUGCUUUAGUUCACACCGAUCUUUGAAAGAAAUUGUACAGAACCAUUAUGCUUAUUAACAAAAGUAAUAUUCACAGUCCGAUUUUUUCGUCUAAGUUAAAGUAGUUUUAAAAACUAAAGUGAAAGAGGUCAACGUACGUCCCUGUUUAUUUUUAAUACUUCGCAUACCUUUACACCUUCAUUUAUUCAGACGGUAAAGUUUUUCUGUUCUAUUCGAAUUGCAAUUGUCAAAACUUUUAAAAAUGUUUAUUACAUCUCGAAUCUGGAUAAUAAAUAAAUAAUGGUGACAUCUUCGAAAAAGGCGUUUCAAUACGGAUAAAACCGAUCGAGUGUUAAAGGAAAUGUGUUGGUGUUUGAAAGUGUUUUUUCGUGUUUGCGCCAAUCUAACGUGCAGACUUUGUAGCUUUAUUGUCCAUCAACUUUACAAAAUAUGUUGCGUUUGCUGGUGCCCAAACUUUACCUCGACCUCAUCUUCAAAUCGUUACGAAUCGAACAGAAACAGCGAAAACAACUGUGAAGCCAUUUUUCACGAAUCAUUUUAUCAAGAUGUAGAUCGAAACACUGCAGAAAAACUACUCUACAAAAAGCAGGAUGGUACCUUCAUUAUCAGACCUACACACAUCGCGAAUUGUGUGGCAAUAUUAUCUGUAAUACAAAAUGAUCGAAUAUUUCACCUGACCAUACGCAGGAGGAGGGACGGGAAACUCUCUUUAGGAAAUGAAAAAAUAAAUGAAAGAUGCUUUGGAAGCCUUAACGAACUCAUCAACUUUUACAUCAGCAAUUAUCUCAUGUUGCAGUCUACGGAUGCGACGAAAGCACAUACAUUACUUUUACCAUUUCUGGGAUGUUAAAAAAUAAAUAUAAUAAAACCUAAGACUGUAAUUAAAAUACAAUAUUCUUAUGAUUUGUAAACAGUUCAGUAUUAAAAGCAAAUCAUUGAGCA